CGCCCAUUUCAAAAUCUUUAGUAAAAAAUCAUUCAUCAGGAUAAACAAGUUUAUUUCAAAAAAUCCAAAAUUUACAAUGAGACGCUACACCGAUCAAUUUAAAGUGAACAUGAUAGUAUUAGUAAAGAACAAAAAUAAAUAUGGAAAAAAUGUAUGGCUUGUAGGAACGAUAAUCGAUAUGACUGGUAAAAAAUGUAAAAUAUCGGUUCCUCGAUUGAACUCUAUUAUUAGAAGAUAUGUUUGGCAGAUCAAAAAAUUUAAAUUUUCAAUUGUAAACCUCUGUUCUGAAGAAAGAACAAUUAUUAAACUAUUUGAUAAAAUGAGUUUAAAUGGCCAACAGAAAGCUAGUAAAAAAGUGUGGCCUUGA